CUGGAUAAAAACUUAAUGAAACAAGUACAACCUUUAGCACAAGGAAAAAUGAAAAACUUGAAAACGUUAACUAUGUCCAAUAACAAAAUCCAGUCUAUCGAAACAGGACAAUUGGCAGGGUUGGACCAGCUGGAACAUUUAGAUCUCAGUCAUAACGAGAUCAACACCGCCAUGCCAUCCGCCUUCCGUGGACUAUCGCGGCUACAAUUCCUGGAUCUCAGUGAAAACAAGAUUAAGUAUAUACCAGAGAUGACAUUUGAAGGUUUAGAAAGCCUCGCACAUCUAAACAUGAAAGCCAACAGCAUAGCAGUGAUUGGGGACGCCUUUCAGCGUCUGUACGGGUUGAGGCACCUGAAUCUGAGGAGCAACAGGUUGGCUGUGUUAAAUCAAACCGCAUUGGGUCCUGUUGUCUACCGGUUAGAGACUAUCGACAUUGCAGACAACCCGUUUCUGUGUGAUUGUAAGUUAAUGUGGUUUGUUGAGUGGGCCCUGGAUAAAUACGACAGGGUAGCAAACUUGUACAACCCCUAUCCUUACUUUGAUCGAGGGUACACAUGUUCCCGUCCGGCUGAAUUGCUUCGAAAGCGUUUGAUAGACGGAUUGACGCAGGAAGAACACUCGAGCGACAGACAGGAUUCAUCAGUGCGAAAGUUCUUCGACAGAGACUGUAGUCAUGGAUUCCGGCCCAACCGCCUCCUGGCUUGUGUACUUGCCUCUUCGGGCAUCUUCGUCGCCAUGAUGACCAUUUUCCUGGUCGACUACCACGUCGGCCGUGUUCAGUACUACCUGUGGAUGUUAGCCAAGUGGAGGAGACCGAAGAUUGGAGAAGUAAAGAACCAAGAGCCGCCCAGAUACACACACGAUGCUUUUCUUGCCUACAACAACCGGGACGUCGGGUGGGUUAUACAUCAAGCGAUAGAGAAUCUGGAACCUGACUACAGUCUGGUCAUACACGAAAGGGACUUUGCAGUGGGUGCUCCCAUUGUAGAAAACAUCGCGGAUGCCGUGGAAAACAGCCGUAGAACCGUCUGCCUCAUCAGCAGGAACUUCCUGAAGAGUAAGUGGUGCGAGUACGAGUUCCAGCUGGCCCAGUACCACAUGUUUGAGGAGGGCGGAGGAGUGCGUCUCAUCCUGGUGUUUCUGGAGAAGAUUCCCAACCGAAUGCUGAAACAGUUCCGCCAUCUGAACGCUGUGGUUAAGAGGGACACGUACCUGAUGUGGCCACACGACGUGCGGAAAAGGCCGCUGUUCUGGAGGCGGCUGCGAGACGCUCUGGGCAAUCCUCUACCCCGUGACCCAGAGCAUCAACAGGAGGUACAAGAUCCGGAACGGAACAUUCCGGAACAGCAAGCUCCGGGACGGUACAUUCCGGAACAGCAAGCUCCGGGACGGUACAUUCCGGAACAGCAAGCUCCGGGACGGUACAUUCCGGAACAGCAAGCUCCGGGACGGCACAUUCCGGAACAGCAAGAACAGGCUCCAGUCAGGAACAUUGUGGAAGUGCAGGUCCAUGCCCCCGUGCGGAACAUUCCGGAAAUGCAAAAUGAAUUAGUCCCAGAUCCAGACAACCAGUGGUUUGGAGAUGGGGAUGGCAUUCCCCUUGUACCACUGUAG